ACGUCAUCGAUUUCGUCCGUCACUAGGCGUCGGCGGAAGGAAGUGGCUGCUGGUGACUGUGCAAAGAUGAAUACCAGAGGGCUAGGAUCUCAGAUGAAGGACUGUGUUCCAGUUCCUGAUUUUUCAGCAGGUGCAGCAUUUGAAAGCCAUGGUUUGAUACAUAGAGGCUUUGCAAAUGUGAAGAGUGAACUUUUCCCUGUCCAUCCUUUGGAACUAUCAGAGAAAAAUUUUUCAUUAAAUCAAGAUAAAAUGAAUUUUAGUACUUUGAGAAAUAUUCAAGGGCUGCAUGCGCCACUGAAGUUGCAAAUGGAAUUCAAAGCAGUGAAACAGGCCCAGCAUCUUCCCUUCCUUCAUAGUUCUAACCUGUCACUGGAUAUCUUGAAAGGAACCUAUGACUGCAUUGGUUUUGAGGACAUUCUGAAUGAUCCAGCACAAAGUGAAGUAAUGGGAGAUCCUCAUCUAAUGGUUGAACAUAAACUCGGUUUAUUAUAAUGCAUACAAUACUUCAACUUUGUGUUCAUAAACAGGUUUCUUGUCUGUGACCUGCCAAUUCAAGUAAAGUAUAUUGAAUAGUCAUAUAAUACUUGUUUUGAUACAGUCUCUCACCUACUUUGAUGAAAAAGUCAUAUAAAAUACUUCUAAGUAUAUAACUUUUUGUUUUGUUUACUGUCAAUAUAAAUGUCAUGUAAUUGGGUAUUUUUUUUAAAAAUCAGGAAAUACAUUUCUGUAUACAAGGCUGUCAUUAUUUUGUGUCCGCAGUUGUAGAAACUUACACAUUAAACAUCUAUAGCAAAAAGGAAAUACAAAAAAUAAUUUUGAGAUACAAGGUUGCAUGUAAAAGAACCGUUUGCACCUUAUAACCCAGGUAUUUGCUGUUGAAUAUUUCUUUGUUCUUUAUGAUGUGACAUUGCAUCUUUUAAACAGUGAAUAAAUUUUUCUAUAAAUGACUACUCAAAAUA